AUAUAUUGACCGAGUUUGCCUCAGUUGUUAUUUUUAAUUUUAGACUCAGCAAAGCUGUCUGUGUCGACGGAGAAUAUGAUAUCUCUAAUUAGGGAGAGAUCGUGUUUAUGGGACAAAACGGAUGCUGGGUACAGAGAUAAAUUACGCAGAGAGGACGCCUGGUCAGAGGUUUACAGGGAGCUCUACCCAACUUAUGAUAAUUUGAAGGAGAUGCAAAAAUCAAGAAUCGGUCAACAGAUAUCAAAAAAAUGGUUUAAUAUUCGGGACGCAUAUGUAAAAUCAAUAAAGGGUCCUAAAAAACGACCAUAUAUAUACUCGAAGGCUAUGUCGUUUCUAGAUAAAGUAAUUUUGGGUGACAGAUACAACUCUUCAGAUUAUUUAGAAGAACAAUCUUUGGAAGGCGAACCAGAAGUCUGGUUGAAUGAAACCUUUAUAGAUGUGGACGUCCCCGCACAGGAACCACCAACAAAAAAACAUAAACCGGAUUAUUCUUGUUUUUUAGAAAGUCAAAACGAUACAGUAGCUUCAAUACUAAGUAAAAUGAUUAAUCGUGAGGAGGACGAAGAUAGGGCUUUUUUCACAUCAAUAAUGCCAACUGUAAAGGCUCUUCCGGAUAAUGCGAAAUUAGAGUUCAGAAUAGAGGUCAUGCAAGUUUUGAAAAAAUUUAAAAAUGACACGAAUAAAGGAAUAGUCGUUAAAACUCGUGACUCAGAUAGCGAAUAAAUUGUUAUUCUUC